AGAGAUUAUGCAGCAGACAUUAAUUCUGCGCGCCUUCUGCAGCUGAACGAAGCUGAACAAAAUAUUCGCUUACUGUGGCACCUACCUAGAAAGUCAUGGUCCAUCCCGAUAAAACCAUCAUGGAGAAGACGCUUGCGAAAUCGCGACAUCUUGUCAAACUACGAGGAGUACUGUAUGAACCGAAAUGCGGUGAUCCAAUGUGCUUCCACGAUUGGUUCAAGAAUCGUGACCAUAACAGCAACCCCGUUAGAGAGCACAUCCAGCUGUUUGACGACAUCUACCCCAUUGUGCGCGAUACUAUUGCUGCCAACUUGGCUGAAGCAACCGAUCGGCGGAAGCUGCUCAAUGCCUAUCGAGUUUAUUGCCACCAAGUUUUCGCCAAAGUCGCUACAGACGAAUGCGACACAGAAAUUCAUUCAAAUUCAGCGAGCGAGAUUUCCACGUUGAGGUGGUGGAUAAGAAAUGCGAUCGCUCUUGCCGAAAAGCCGUUUCCAGGAAUCAAGGAGUUUGAAGAUGUGUUCAUAACGCAUUGCUCUGCCAAAUACGACGGGCGGGGCUUCUUCUUCAUAACUCGACACAAAGGUGCGUCAAUCGUGGUCCGAUUGGUUUUCUAUGUUGGACUUCAAGAAGAGGAACAAUGGCAUGCAUCUGUCACUACUACUAGCGUGAUCAUUGGUGAGGAUAACUUGAGGAGAUUGAUUAAAGAAGCCAUAGCACGUAAAAUGUCUCUUUGCGAGUUCAUUGAGCUGGUGCUUUGGCCAUUUGUCGACUUUCUGAACUCCAAAAAGGUUAAUUCCUGAGUCACUUCCUACGUCU